AUGGCAGUUUUCUCGCUCUUUGCUACCACAUUCAAUCUCUCACACUAUCACACUCCUUACAAUUUCUUCACUUCACUGCAAAAUUUCUGUGGGGAUUCAUUCUUCAAUUUAAAGGCUAAAGGAAGAAUUAUCAGAAUAUGUUGUACGAAGGUUCGAGUUGUGUCGUCGCAUUCCAACCCCAAAAUUCUGAAGCGCAAUUGUAAAUCCAGGUUUGGACUGCCGGUGUCUCCUUACGACAGUGAAGACGAAGAACAAGAUGAUGAUGAUGAUGAAGACAGUGGUGGUGACGAUUGGAUUUCUGAUUGCUUGUACAAAUUUAGUGAUUUCGUGGUGCUUGGAUCCUAUACAGAAAUAUUAAUCGAUUUAAGGCAAUCAGCAAGCAUUGCCUUUUUAGGCGAUAGCAGAGAAAAGAAAGCAGAAAGUUCUCAGAAAAGAUUCUCUCGUUUGUCAGAAGAACUAGACAUAGACGAAAGGUGGUUUCCACUUCUUGAUUAUUUGAGCACUUUUGGUCUUAAGGAAUCACACUUUAUUCAAAUGUAUGAAAGACAUGCCAUCCCUUCAGAUAAAUGUUGA